AUGUCCAGAAGAAGUUUGAUGAGAAAUGUAAGCUCAUUGUUCAAUGAUAUGAUUCAACAACUGAAGACUGAACUAGAAAAAAUUGAAUAUGUUUGCAUUACUGCAGAUUGUUGGAGUAUUUUCCACAGAUCGUAUAUGGAUUUUACAAUUCAUUGGCUGAACCCAAUUACAUUGGAACGUAAUUCCCGCGCCCUCGCUUAUAGACGCAUGUUAGGGAGGCAAACAUACGAUAAUAUAGCAGAAAUAAUUGAAAAAGUUCUUACAGAAUUUGAUGUACAGUCUAAAACCACUCUAAUUGUCACAGAUAACGCAGCAAAUUUCGUUAAAGCUUUCAAAGUGUUUGGUGCUAAUAAUGAAAUUGACAAUAGUGGUAAUAAUAUUGAAAUGUGUGGAAUUGAAAUUGAAAAUGAUGAAAUAUUGAGAACCAUAAAUAUCACUGAAAUACUUGAUGGUCAAACUCAAAACACAAAUGAUGUAUUAGAUAUAAAAUUGCCAAAACAUCAAAGAUGUGCUGCGCACACGUUAAAUUUAAUUGCAACAGUUGAUAUUCAUGAAGCAGAAAAAGAUGGUCCAUAUAAAGUACUUAGUAGACGUGUGUUUGCUAAAUGUCAAUCUAUUUUCAAUAAGCAGAAUCAAUCGACACAAUGUGCUGAUAAAAUUAAAGAAAUUCUGGGAAGAUAUCUUAUAACACCAAACGCUACCAGGCAAGUUAAUAUUAUUUAA